AUGUUGGAAGUGAUGGAGAUGGUGGUGAUGGUGGGCGCCAGCUUCACCCCCGGGCACCCUGCCCUGGCGGAGCUGCCCGGCCCCGCCGCCCCGAAGGUGGAAGCGAAUGUUCUCGUUAUGGGAGCGGACAACGUGGGGAAAUCGGCUCUGACUGUCCGUUUCCUCACCCGGCGCUUUAUCGGGGAGUAUGGAGACAUGGAGUUCAUCUACAGCCACAACCUGAGUGUGGAUGGCCGAGAGAUUCUCCUCCACAUCUGGGAUGUCCCCAGUUCCCAGGAGCAGACAGAGGAGGGAUCCUCAGAGGAGAAGCGAAUCCAGUGGGCAGACAGCUUUGUCCUGGUCUACAGCAUCUGUGACCGGGCCAGCUUCAACAUCCUGCCACUCAAAAUCCAGUUCAUCAAGGCAGCCAAGGAAGGGCAGAGCCAGGAGAAGGUGCCCAUUGUCAUUGUGGGCAACAAAUGUGACCUGCACCAUCAGAGGGUGGUGUCCAGCGAGGAGGGACGGCUCCUGGCCCUCUCUCUAGACUGUGGUUUCUAUGAGGUCUCUGCAGCCGAGGCUUAUCAUGGGGCUCUCAUGGUCUUCCAUGGACUGGCCAAGCGCAUCCCUGACACCAAACUGGCCCUGAAAAAGGGCACAAGGAUUCGUGGCAUCGUCAAGACUAUGUCGGCUGUGUUUGCCCGUAAGCGAACGGACUCCCUCUGA